CCGCGGCGGCUUUGGGGACUCGCGGGGGUGGUGGACGCUGAGCUCUGCGCUGCUGCUCUUGCUGCUGCUGCUGCUGCGACCAUGGCGGGCAGGGGCAAGCUCAUCGCGGUGAUCGGAGACGAGGACACGGUGACUGGCUUCCUGCUCGGGGGCAUCGGGGAGCUGAACAAGAACCGCCACCCCAAUUUCCUGGUGGUGGAGAAGGACACCACCAUCAAUGAGAUCGAGGACACGUUCCGGCAGUUCCUGAACCGUGAUGACAUCGGCAUCAUCCUCAUCAACCAGUACAUCGCCGAGAUGGUACGGCACGCGCUGGACGCGCACCAGCGCUCCAUCCCCGCUGUGCUCGAGAUCCCAUCCAAGGAGCACCCUUACGACGCGGCCAAGGACUCCAUCCUGCGCAGGGCCCGGGGCAUGUUCACCGCUGAGGACCUGCGCUAGGGGCUUCCCCGCGGCUCGACACCCUCCCUUCUCCCAGUCAUGG